UUCGUUUCUGUUUUUUUGCUCUCUCCAAAAUUCGUUCGCAGAGAGCAAAAAAACCAAAUUCAGUUGUGUUUAAUUUUAUAAUUCCUAAGCGAGCGAGAGAAGAAGAAGAAGAGGGUGUUGCUUUUGGUGUAUUAUAGGUAGAGGGAGCAGAGGGAUCCCUUAAGGACCUAUUUGUAUUCUUCGCGAGAUUCGUUCUACAGGAGAUCCCCCACUGCCGUCAGCGCUGAACUUUCUGUGGAGUUGAACAGCGCAGCGAGUAUGAAGUACUAGUGUUUCCGGCUGACCUGCUAUAUUUGAGCUGGAUGAAUGCUUUUAUUGUAGGAAGGUUUCGUUGAUUUCUGAGUAUGAGGUCGGUCACCCUUCUUCCAUCAAUUUUGUGCUGUUAGCGAAUUGGUUGUCUGCCGAAAUCUGAAGGGAAGGGAGAUGGAAGACAAUGUUGGGCACCUCGGUUCUCCCGAAGGGCGAAGUACUUUAGUGAAGGCAAAGAGCUUAUCUGAUUGUCUUGGGGUGUCAAGUGACACAAAUGUGGAAAUGGAUAUGAUAGUCGAUAUAUCUGACCAUGAAAUUUGUGGUUGUAAAGAUGAAAAUAUGCCACAAAAGGAAGGGAUUGGUCAUUUCUCUUCAACCGGUUGUACAAAGGAUGAUGUAGAUACUAUGAAGCAACCAUCUUCUGUGGUUUCUACCGUCAGAAUUCCAGUACCUGAAGACAAUCAUACAGAAGGAACUUCCAGAGUGAUGUCAGGUCGUGAUGGACUUGAUAAUAAUGAGGAGAGUGAAGCUUCUGCACCUUUUACAGCAGGGAACCCUUCAGUGAAGAAAAAUUCAGUGAAAAGUGAUGUCUGCUCAGACAGUAAUCAACCCAGUCAACCAAAAGGUGAAGAGUUUGUAGAUGGUAAACUGGAUGGAAAUCCACCAAGCAUGGGUAAAAUUGAAAUCAAGUUCUCGGUGCAGACAACCUGCCAUGAUAAGCAAUGUAAGUCCGAGUCUUCUUCUUCCAACUCAGCACAAGUCACUCUUCCAGCCUCUUCAAAGGAUAGCUGUCAGGAGAUGCCAGUCUGUAAAAGUUCGUACGAGACUAACACACCCGGUGCCGUAGACACUUCCACUUGCACGAACAUUAAUCUUGUACAACCUGCAUUUAAAAGUUUAGUACCGGAUAUGGCCGCGGAUGUGCCAACAUAUCAGCUGGAUGCUACCAUGAUUUCAUCUGAGAAACAAUGCGAUGAGAAUAAAGCUUCAGGCCCAAUUGAUAGUGCCAGGACAAGGGGUAGUGGUAAGGUGCUGGGUUUGACACCUGUUAUGAGAUGUGUGACUGGAGUAUACAUUAAUCAUUUGAAAUCUGAUUUUCCUAAGAAGAAAAUUAAAUCAGAGACUUGCUAUGACCUGGGUGAUGAUGAUGCACUUGAAGUGGCUUGGAGAGUUGCAAAAGAAGUAGAGCAGGAGGUUGAGGCUUCAGGAAGCUCCUCUUCAAUACCGGGGAGAAGUAGCAGGGUGCUUCAUCUCAGCUCUGUUGAUUCAGCAGGUUCUCAUCGAGAAGGCUGCGUAACAGAAACUGGUUCUAUACACCAGAAAUGCGAAGAGUCUGAUAGUUUCUGUUCCACUAAAGAGAAUAUGGAUAUAAAACCGGAAACAAAGAAAGAACAGUUGCCUUUGGAGAUGAAAGAGCCGGUUCAAGGCAUUGUCCCUGGAACUAGUGUUGGCUGUCAGAAGCAGGGUUUAUCCAGCUUUGCUACUAAAGUUGAAGGUGGAUCAGCAAGUAUCCAAACUUCUCAUGUUUUCGGUAUUGAUCUUAAUGAAGAUUUUCUCGAAAGUGAAGAAGAUUAUCCUCAGAAGUGCAUCAAAGAAACUGUAUCUCGUCUUGAAUAUGUGUCAAAGCCAAUACCUGUGCUCGCUAAAUCUGGAAUUCCAUUGUGCUUACCGGUGCCACAAUUUCAGAGUGAAUGGGACCUAGGUGGUUGGAGGGGUUCAGCUGCUACUAGUGCUUUUAAACCAACUUCCUUUUCUGAGAGUUGUAAUAGAAAUGCAUUGUCAAUGAAUGACACUAUUUGCAGCUCAAACUAUUCACAGGUUAAAGGGAUUGACCUUAAUGUUGCUCCUUCUGGUGCUGAGUUUGACGUUGAAUUAAUCCCCAAGAGACCUAUUCCAGAAAUAUCCGGUAAUUAUUCAAAAGAGUCAUCUAGUGAAGUGAAUUCAAGACGACCAAGAAUGCUUGACAUUGAUCUCAACUGUGUCAGUGUUAAUGGAGACAGCUCCCAACAAUUGUCUCCACCAGCUUCUGUUAGGGAUUUUGAUUUGAAUGACAACCUAAUUUCUGCAGAUGCAUGCCUUGCUCCGAAACAAACAUGUGUAGGCUCUCGAGUCUUGAGAAAUGGGGAUUUCGAUGAUCUAGCAGUCUCUUCUGUGGAAUAUUCAAGACAAUCAGACUGUAAACCGAUCGUAUCUUCAUGUUCUCAGAAUUUGAGUUCAAGGGAGGGCCUUAGUCAUGGUCAUGACAAAACCUUUCUGGUGGCUGCAAGCAAUAUGGUUCCCUCAAAUGAACAGCUGCAGAGGAUAGCUGCCUUGCAACACAAGAUUGCCUAUGCACCACCGCCACAACCUCAUGCUUUUCUCUAUAAUAAUGGAUUUUGCAUUGAGCCAACCAAUAGCUUAUCCCCAAAUGUUUACCCUCCUUUUCUUCCAUAUAUGACAGAUCCACGUGCAACCGCUGUAAUCCCACAAUAUUUUGGUUCUGGUGCUGUUCCUGUGUUUCCUAUGGCCCCACAUUUCAUGGGGGUUCCUCAUGGAUCAGCCCUUAGUGACAUUGAUUAUCUCAGGCCAACUGUUGAUCUAAACAUUGCAGCUAAUUCUUUGGAGAGUGGAAGCAGGGGGAUGAAUGCUAGACAGUUUUCUAUUCCUGUAAACGAUGCAACCAUGGAAGAACAAAUGAGAUCUUAUCAGCAAGUCGGUUUGACCGCCAUACCUAUGAAGAGGAGGGAACCAGAUGGGGGAUGGGAUUCGCAUCAGCUUUCCUACAGACAGGCCACUCUUUGGCGUUAGGUUUGUUUAUACAGAGUUCCGAUCAGCUAAUUGGAGGCGGCCAAGAAAUCGAUGUGAUGUAUACUUCUGGAACCCCUCGAUCAAUAGUUCAGUUAUUACCUUAUUGCAGUAGUGAGCGCCGUUUUGCCUUCAAGUAGAUAUGAGUUGAGAUUAUGCUCUUAAGUUAUUCUUCUUUGCCAUAACUAUUCUAUAUGCAUACUUAUAUCUACACUCUAUGCAUACUUGGUCGAUAAAGCGGAUUCUGUACAGAGGUCAUUUUUAUCUUCAUGAAUAUAAAGAACUUCUACUUGGUUCC